GUCAAACCAUGUCAAACCCUAUUUUGUGAAAGGUGCUGCCUCUGCAUUUGGCCAUUGGGGGGGCAUUCAAUCACCGCAACUCUGGAAGAGCAGCUGAGGGCGCCUCUGGUGGCAGCUUUGGCGGAUGUGAAAGGCUACCAGGAUUUGGUAAACAGGGUCUCAGGAUCGUGGAGGCUUCUUUCGGUACAUCUGUACUCCAAUCUGUAUCUGUGUAGAUGCGGGGUGCCACAGUAGAGGACAAAAGCAAAGCUCUGUAGAUUGGAUUGCGCUCAGUCUGCAAUUUGGAUUGUGGAUCGGUGGCAAGUUCUGAGGAGGGGGCAGAGGAUUGAACCACAUGGCUUGGCGGGCGUCCUUAUCGAAGACCGUUCAAGAGCUGCGGAUCCACCUCUGCCAAACUUCGCCAAGCAGCAAGGGAGUUAGAGAUUUUGUUGCGCAUCGCUACCAAGAGCUUAAGAACCAGAACCCUCAGCUGCCGAUUCUCAUCCGGGAGUGCAGUGGGGUUCAACCUCGUCUCUUUGCUCGAUUUGAUUAUGGAAAAGAGAAGGCGGUAGGGCUGGACGGGCUCGAUGAAGCCGCUGUGGAGUCAAAGCUAGAAGAGCUGGUAAAAACGAAGCCUCAAUAAAAGAUGAUUAUGCUUGCUGGCCGGGCGCCAAAAGAGUCCUUCGUCCAGGGACUGCAUAUACCAUCUAUGUGUACGUAGAGUUGCUAACCGGUUCGCUGAAAGUGAAUGGUACAAACCCGUCUGAUUGCUCUUCGAAUCUGAAAACGAGUCUCUCCAUUGUUUGAUUGGACAACUGUUUUGGCGGCCCCAGCACAAAGGAAGGGUUUAAAAUGAUUGAUGGCGACCGUCGUAGCUUGCAGUACUUCGCCGGUUCCGACAAUAUGUACUAGGUCGGACCUGCGGCCAGCCGGGGGCCAAAGGCCGGCAAGGUCAUCAUUUAUACUUCAUCAUGCGUGA